CAAAAAGGCAUUGAAAAAACCAAGGAACGGUCCUCUUCAAAGACCAAAGACACAAUCCUUGUUCGUGAUACUGUUCAUGUUUUUGUAGUGGAGACAAUGACGACCCCAAAGCGUCCAGGUGCACCCUCUGCAACGGCAAGCGAUGAAUCCAAGGCUCGUAUCUUUCUUGCUGUGGCUUGUUUGUGGCCGCUUUUCGUGCUGGCUUUGUUUGCAGCAUCGGCACCUCAAUUGAAGGAAGCACGGCAACACCCACGAGAACUCUUGGACAAGAACAACAAGAUUAACCAAGAUGUCCGCUUCAAGUUUCGCAAAGUAUUGGACAGAGUGGACGUGAUGGGAUAUGGACCGACGCAUCCUCGAGUCGCCGUUGUCAUUGUGGGAGAGAACAAUGAAAAGAUUAUUUCCAGUGUGGAGUCACUCUUCCGUCACACUUCUUUGGAACGCAUUUUUGCAGUUGUCGUGUGUGUGGAAGGCCGGGAAUCGGAUUCUGCCUUGCUGGAGGAACUGGAAAAGAUUGAUAAUGGGGCAGUGCCACAUUGGCAUGGUCUGAGAGCCGACAUUCAUUUGCCAGGGGAAAGUGAUGCCGAGGACAAGGCCGAUCAUGGGAGUCGGAUCCAGGUCCUCUUCAAUAAUGAAAAACUGGGCAUUUCCGAAAGCCGAUCAGAAGCCGUGGAAUAUAUCCACUUGCUGUCACAACAACACGAAUCUACAGGUAUCAAAUCUCCACAAGAAGAUCUCCUUCUUUUAUUGCUUCAAAGCGGUGCUCAGUUUGUGGAAAAUCAUGAUUGGUUGGCUCCCGUCACCGGGGCUCUUAUUGUCCCUCCUCCCCUGAUUGCAUCUGCCAACAAACAAAGCCCCUUUGGAGCCAUGAAACUGGCCAAUGCGGUUGCCUUCAAUACUGAAGGAUCGGGGAAACGAACUUCCUUUGACUUGACGUUUGCUCCCAUCAUCUCAGAUGCCAGUGCCACGGAUAUUAACCUAUCGGACGGAAAGUCGUAUCCCACACCCGUCUGGAAUGGAGCGGCCAUUGCCAUGCGAUUGAAUACCUACCGCUUUCUUCCAGCACAGGAUGCCUCCUUGACAGAAGAAUGGCCCGCCAAUCUAGAAUUGUCGCUCAAUCUGUGGCUCUGUGCCGACGGUAUGGACAUGAUUCGAGAUGUCGAAAUUGUCAAUAGUGAACUCAUGCCACACAAUCCACUGUCUCCCGAAAUGAUGGCUCGAUUUGCCGCGGCAUGGAUGGAUGAUGUCACCGCCAAUCAAAUCUAUCACGAGUAUUCCAAAACAUUCCACGAAUUGACGCAUCUCGAGUGGGAAACGCUCUUGAGCAAAGCUCGAGGAUCCACCGAUUUCCCCAUUGACUUGACGGAACGGUGCCGAUCCUUUGCAUGGUAUGCAAGACACGUGAAUACGGAUAUCACCGAGGCCAUUGUCACUGCAGCCAAAGAGGUGGCACGGGAAGAUGAAGAACGCAAAGCAGAAAUGAAAAUCAAACUGGAAGAAGCCAAAAAGGUAGCCAUGGAAGAGGCCGCCAGGAAGGCCGAAGCAGCAGCGGCGGAGGCCAAACAGGCAGCGGAGGAUGCAGAGGCUGCGCAAAAAGCGGCAGUGGCCGAGAAAGCCGCUCAAGACGAAGCUGCCAAAAAGGAAGCAGAGGAAGCUGCUGCCAAAAAGGACGGAGAACAACCAGAUGCCAACAAAGACGGAGAACAACCAGAUGCCGAUAAGGACGGAGAACAACCAGAUGCCAACAUCAAUGAAGAGAAUGCCAUGCCCGACAUGGCUCAUGGUGAAGAACCCAAAAAACCUGCCAAACCACUGCGAGAAAACAAUCUGGAAAUCAUUUCACAAGCCAAACCUGUGGAUAUCAAAUUUGUGGAUAUUUCGGAUGGACACAAGGAACAUCCGCACAUGGGUGCUUUGGACGAGGAUGGCAACCCCGGCUAUAUCCACGAUGAGACGGCACUUCGACUCAACCCACCCCCGUUUAGUUUCUCCGGUCCCAAGUUCGAAAUGGGUUGCAAGUUAAGAGACAACAAUUAUCGAAUGCUUACAGAGAAGGUCAAGUUGGAUAUCGAGGGGCACAAGGCAGCCGAAGACAGUGGCAAGAAGCGCGACAAGAUCUUUUGCUUGGUGUAUACCAUCGAGAAGUUUCACGACCGAAUUCCUGCCAUUCGAGAAACGUGGGGACCGCACUGCGAUGGGUUCAUGGUUGGUUCCACGAAAACGGACAAGUCUUUGGGAACCGUGGAGAUUCCCCAUGAAGGUCCUGAGGAGUAUAACAACAUUUGGCAAAAAGUCCGAUCGAUGUGGAGCUAUAUUUACGACAAUUAUUAUGAGAAAUACGAUUGGUUCCACAUCGGCGGUGACGACUUGUUUUUGAUUCUCGAGAACCUGCGUCUGUACUUGGAAAGUGAAGAGAUCAGAACGGCUGCCAACGGCGGAAUCAAUUUGCCCAAUGGUGACGAAACCAUGCAGACACCCUUGUUUUUGGGACGUCGUUUUUCGUACAUGGGCGACAUGAAUGAUAUUUUCAUCUCGGGUGGAUCUGGAUACACCAUGAAUAAGGCAUCUCUGAAGUUGUUGGUGACAGAAGCGUUUCCCAACUACUUUCCUCAUGCCCACACGUUUUCAGAAGACACCAUGGUGGCCAAGCUCUUGCGUAAGUUGAACGUCUUUCCCUACGACACCAAGGAUGACAAUGGAGGAGAGAGAUAUAUGCCCUUCAUGCCAGGCCAUCACUAUGGGUACAAGCUGCCUCCUGGUAACCCCAUGGACUCUCAGGAUUGGUAUGCCAAGUAUUCGAUCAACAUCAAGGAGGGCAAGGAUCAUUGUGCCGAGCAAAGCGUGGCGUUCCACUAUGUCAAGGGGAACGACAUGUACAGGCUUUAUGCGAUGAUCUAUGGAAAGUGUCCAGCAGGAACAUACCCGUAA